AUUUUCUGUUUGCAGGUCGUGGUCUCGCGUUCGUUUGUUACAAUAGCUGCGUUCUUGGCUUGCGGACGUGAAUGAGCAUGACAUCUUUUGGUGCCGAUGAUGAAGACGAAGGGGCAUAUGGAAGCAGUUACCUCGGAAACUCCUACUCGAAAUCGGCGGGAUUCGGGUACGGACCGGAAGUUGACACUGAAACGGAUGCCGGAGGUGAAGAUGCCAUUAGUGAUUCGAAACCCCGGAUAUUGCUGAUGGGUUUGCGGAGAAGCGGGAAAUCCUCUAUUCAGAAAGUGGUGUUCCACAAAAUGUCGCCGAACGAGACUCUGUUUUUGGAGUCCACGAACAAGAUCAACAAGGAAAUCGUGUCCAAUUCCUCGUUCGUCCAGUUUCACAUCUGGGAUUUUCCGGGUCAAAUAGACUUCUUCGACCCCACCUUUGAUCCGGAUACGAUUUUCGGGGGCUCUGGAGCCGUGAUUUUCGUGAUUGAUGCUCAGGAUGAUUACAUGGAGGCGCUGAAUCGUCUGCACCAGACAGUCACCCGAGCCCACAAGGUCAACCCCAGCAUCCACUUCGAGGUUUUCAUCCAUAAGGUCGACGGGUUGUCGGACGACAAUAAGAUAGACACCCAGCGGGACAUUCAUCAGCGCGCCAACGACGACUUGUGCGAUGCAGGUUAGAGACC